AUGUGUACGGGGAGUGGCGAUUCUAAUUACAGUCAUCAUGAAAGCGACUUCGAUAUGGAUGAAGGAAACCGCGAAACGUUAAGACGAGACGCAGAGCGUUCCGCUGCUUUGCAGCUCGAAAGGGCAAAGUACAAACCAGUUGCUUUCGCGGUAUGCACGAAUGUCGAAUUCGACGGUUCAAUUGAUGACGAUUCACCAGUUCACGGUUGUGCGGUAUCGUUCAAAGUUAAAGAUUUUUUGCAUAUUAAAGAAAAAUACAACAACGACUGGUGGAUUGGUAGACUUGUGAAAGAGGGUCAUGAUCUUGGCUUUAUUCCCUCUCCAGUCAAACUUGAAAAUAUCAGGCAACAGACGGCCAAAGGGUCCAAAUUUAAGCAAUCAUCGAGUGCAACGAAUCUUGGUGCUUUAGAUGAUAUGAUGCCAAGAAGUGGCUCAAGGGGUUCCACACCACCCACGCCAGGUGGUGAAUUAGAUGAGGAAGAAUAUGGACAUGGAAGAAAGAUCACUGACUUGGUGACUACACCACCACCCGUAAAAGAGAAAAAGAAGCUGAUGUUUAAGAAGCAAGAAAAUGUGCCACCCUAUGAUGUUGUGCCUUCGAUGCGACCAGUGGUGAUUGUUGGUCCCUCACUGAAAGGAUAUGACGUUACUGAUAUGAUGCAAAAAGCUGUCUUCGAUUAUCUCAAACAUCGUUUCGAAGGAAGAAUAAUAAUAACAAGGGUUACUGCAGACAUUUCUCUAGCCAAACGUACUCUGCUGAAUAAUCCCUCAAAAAGAGCCACUAUGGAACGAGCCAAUUCAAGGACAAGCAACAGCCUCGCUGAGAUUCAAAGUGAAGUUGAGCGGAUUUUCGAGUUAGCACGUUCAAUGCAACUUGUUGUGCUCGACUGUGAUACCAUCAAUCAUCCAUCUCAACUCGCUAAAACUUCGCUUGCUCCCAUUCACGUGUACAUAAAAAUAAGUUCUCCUAAGGUGCUACAAAGGUUAAUCAAGUCGAGAAAUAAGUCGCAAACGAGGAAUAUGAAUGUUCAAAUGGUGGCCGCUGAAAAGCUUGCCCAAUGCCCUCCAGAAAUGUUUGAUGUUUUGCUGGAUGAAAAUCAACUGGAAGAUGCAUGCGAGCAUCUGGCUGAUUACUUGGAAUCGUAUUGGCGAGCAACGCAUCCACCCGUUAAGUCACCACCCAGAAUCAAACGAAACCCGAUGGAGAACCGUGGACCAUCGACACUUUUUACACCAGCUCAAAUGAUGCAAGGACUGAAUCAAGGACAAGUUCCAAACGCGAAUCUGCCAAUGGGGGCAAGUAGCAUAGGUAUGCAAAAUACUAGAAACACCUCCCAGUGUGUGCCGACAAUCAAUCUUCCUCCGCCUUCGAAUGCGAGUUCUUCGUCUCUUUAUGGUAUGCAAGCAAGUGCAUCACCAUACGACGAUACAAUACAGCCACAGGCUGGAGUGGCCCGUAUGGGUGUGCCUUCAUUGGUACCGCCUGGUGCACAACGCUAUCGACAGGAUCAACAGGGCUUUGAUGAGUACGACGAAGAGGAUUUUCGUCCGAAUGGAGCUACUUCAUAUGAUACACGGCCUGGAUAUCGAUAUUAA